GAAAUGCGGAAGUGCCCAUGCUGCUGAUAAUGAAGUCCAGUAGUGUACCGACACGUAGAUAAGGUGCAUUUGAAUGACGGUCAUCCCCAGAUAGGCUUGGUUAGGUCAAAGGAAAGAUGACUAAGCGGCGUAAGAGGUUAUUGACAGGUGAUGGAGUGCCUAGUCCAAGAGAAGAAAAAGCACCUGCUCCACCACGCAGAGAAAAGAAAAAUAAAACUGACAUCGGAAAGGUGUUCAUCAAUAUAUCCAUCGGUUUGUGCAUCUUCAGCCUCAUCUGGUUUUUCUAUGCUCUUUAUAUGCGUUCAGCCUUGGCCAAGAGGGUCGUAUCCUUGCACCCAUCUCCACGGGUUCUGAAUGUAAAUAGCUCAAGUCCUGCUGUGUCUCCAGAGAGAUUUUGGGGUUCACACCGCCCCCAUGUGUACUUUGGAAUGAAAACAAGAAGUCCCAGAUCUGUUGUAACAGGUUUAAUGUGGAUGCGUCAGUUUGCUGAUGUUGAUGGAAAUUUGAGACACACUUGUGAGCAAGGGGACCGUUUGCAGGGCUACGGAUGGCUGAUGCAUGAUGGCGUCUCUUUUGGAGUCCAGGAGAUUCAUGACCGCGAUUUCACCCUCACAACAGAGUUUGUGAAGCGUAUGGGUGGAGAUCACGGUGGUGACUGGACAUGGAGAAUUACUGCAAAGCAACAUAGCUCUGCUGUCACGGCUCCAGUAAUCUCACUGAUGUUCUACGCUGCCACAGACGUUCAAGGUUCCUUGCAAGCUCACGUAGAAGAGAAAAAUCACUUGAGUUCUGUUACAGGAACAUCUGAAGAGCUAGGCAACUUCAAGAUCACUUUUGGAAAACCCACUGCAGGGGAAGGUGCUGCUGGCAAAUAUGCCAAAUUUAAUUACCUGAAGACCAGGAGCCCUGGCCUGGAUAAACUGACGGAUAUAGCGAAGAACAGCCUAAACCACAAGUUCAUUUUCAGUCCUCCAAAAGGUGAAAAAAGAUCAUAUUUCGCUCUGGACUCUCACAAAGUCACCACCCAUCACAAUCAGCAGCACGAUCCCAAGAUGGAGAGCGACUUUGUUGUGCAUCAGGUGACCGUUCAGACACCUUUUCAAAUCGAAGUUUUGUUUGAAUCUGGAAGCUUCCGCGACCGGCCGAAUCAGCUCGCGGGCUCUGUUCUCACAGAUGAGCUGGAGAGGCGUAAGGUGGCAUUCGAUGAGAAGUUCGAGGGUACCUUUGGCCUCCAAGCAAAAGAGUUCACAUCAUCACAGAUCAAAUUCGCCAAGGCAGCUUUUAGCAACAUGCUUGGUGGUAUGGGAUAUUUUUACGGCCAGUCGGUCGUACAGUCGGUUUACAACGAGCAUCCCUUGCUUUAUCCCGAAAGCCCACUUUUCACGGCGGUUCCAUCUCGCUCUUUCUUUCCAAGGGGCUUUCUCUGGGACGAAGGUUUUCACCAGCUCCUUCUGAGCAAAUGGGACCCUCCGUUAUCACUGGAGGUCAUAGCACACUGGCUCGAUCUCAUCAACGUCGAAGGCUGGAUCCCACGUGAGCAGAUCUUGGACGACGAGGCACGCAGCAAAGUACCAUCCGAGUUUAUAGUGCAGCACAAUGAAAAUGCCAACCCGCCCACGCUGUUCCUGGUUCUGCAACAGCUGGUGGAGCAACUGCAGACCGACCCAGAUAGGCUGUCCUCUCACCUUCCUGUAUUGAGAAGGCUUUACCCAAGACUGCAGACGUGGUUCGAGUGGUUUAACACCACCCAAGCUGGACCCGUGGCUAAUUCCUACCGUUGGCGAGGGAGGGACAAAGACACCAAUCUUUUUCUAAAUCCCAAGACCCUGACGUCUGGUCUGGAUGACUACCCACGGGCUUCCCACCCCUCAUCUGAGGAGAGGCACGUGGAUUUGUAUUGCUGGAUGGCCUUGGCCUCUGGGAUUAUGGAAAAUGUGGCGAGAAUACUUGGGGAACCCCAUAAGGUAUACGAGAACACCCAUCUAACCCUCAGCAAUAAUGAGCUGUUAAAUGAGCUGCACUGGUCCGAUAGUCUGCAGGCUUUCAGCGAUUAUGGCAACCACACCCAAGCUGUGUCACUUCAGCAGGAAAAGGUAUAUGUGCCCCCCGGACAACCACGGCACCAGUUUCCGGUUACCCGACUGGUUCGUUCAGUUCGCAGGGCUCCCAAACUGCAGUAUGUGAAUGCGUUAGGCUAUGUUAGCCUUUUCCCUUUCUUGCUUCAUAUUCUGACACCAGACUCUCCUAAACUGGAGCAUAUUUUACGAGACAUUCAAGAUCCAGAACGCCUUUGGACGUCCUACGGUCUGCGUUCGCUCUCGCGGGCAGAUCCUCUCUAUAUGAAGAGGAACACGGAACAUGACGCCCCCUACUGGCGAGGUCCCAUUUGGAUCAACAUCAACUACCUGGCUGUUAGAGCACUGCAUCACUAUGGCAACAUUGAAGGGCCAUACAAGGAGAAAGCAUCUGCCAUCUAUCAAGAGCUCAGGACUAACCUUAUUCAAAAUGUUUACAAGCAGUAUCUGGAAACUGGAUACAUAUGGGAACAAUACAGCGAUAGCACUGGAAGGGGACAAGGUAGCCACCCCUUUACAGGCUGGUCAGCUCUGACUGUACUAAUAAUGGCCGAAAAAUACUGAGAAUCAGAAGCAGGCUGGAAUCAGCAUGAUGAGUCAAGGUGUUGAAACGGUGCCAAAUGUUUGUUCUAAUAAAAUUUAUUUCAUUUUUAGAUCAUUUGAAAACAAAAAUGCAAGUUUGUGAUUUUCGUUUUAGAUUCUCAUUUAUUAUUAUAAAUGAAAUCCAAGCGGUUAAAAUAUUAAAAUUUUACAUAUCGUUUACUGUGAUUUAAUGUGUUUCCUCAGGUUUAAGAUGCACAGGCUUUUUCCUGGAUCUGGCAAAGCUAUAACUAUUACUUCAGGAAAUGACUGUGCACCUUUUUUCUGUCAUUGCUGUUCGGCUUAAUUUAACAAAAAAAAUCAAAAUCUUUUUGUAAUCUUUUUUCAAAAUUCUUCUUUGGUGUACUUGAAAAGGAAUGCUAGAUAGUAUUUGUCACAAGUAUUGAUCAAUCAUUGCAAUACAUUCAAAGCUGUGGUAUACUUUUUGUAUGUGCAUGUGCUUUUUCUAUUAGGGUUUUACAACAAUUAGUUGCGAUUAAUACGUAUUAAUCUACACAUAAAUCUUUUCUCCUAUAAAGCACUUUGGUCAGCCUGGUGGCUGUUGUAAAUGUGCUAUACAAAUAAAAUGAACUUGAACUUGAAUAAAUGUUUUUGUUUACAUAA